AUUCAUCCGAGGAGUUGAUGAUUCAAAGCCCGUUCCGAAAAUAUUCAGCACUUAUUAAUGUUUCUAUCUCUUUUGUACUUUAUUUUAUUGUAAAUGCUGCUUUUAUAUCAAUAGUUGAUCCAAAGACUAUAGCGGAUCCAAACAAUUCUAAUGAAAGUAUUGCUAUUGAUUAUGGAAUAAAAUUAUUUGGUGAAUCCGGAAGAAAGUUUAUGUCAUCACUUAUC